AUGUCUAGGAGAGUAUUAAAUAUAUUUACUCCUCCAACUGUUCCUGAAGGCUAAGGUGCUUAAGUUAUACGAAUAAUAGGUAAACAUUGGAAUUGUAAAAGUUUAGGAAAUAAUAACCUUAGUAGUUUAAAUCCUUUUAUGAUGCUUGAUCCUGCAUUUGUAAAAUUACCUGCAGGUUUUCCUGAUCAUCCUCAUAAAGGAUUUGAAACAGUCAGUUAUUUAUUAAAAGGUUCUAUUUAUCAUGAAGACAGUAAAGGUUUUUCAGGCCAUUUAUAACCAGAAGAUAUUUAAUGGAUGAUAGCUGGAAAAGGAGUUAUGCAUACUGAAAUGUCAGGUAGUUAAGAUGAAUUAACUUCUGAUUUUUAAUUAUGGAUUAAUUUACAAGCUAAAUUCAAAAUGAUCGAACCAUAAUAUUAAGAAAUUAAAAAAGAACUUAUAGCAGAAGCUAAAUAAAAUGGUGUUCUAGUAUGUUUUAUUGCUGGAGAAGCCUUAGGUGUUAAAGGACCUAUAUAUACAAUAACUCCUGCUUUCUUUUUAAAUGUUAAAUUAAAUGAAAAUUCUGAAUUCUUAUAAAAGAUUUCAUUAAAAUGUAAUUCCAUACGUUAUAUACAUGAUGGAUAAGGUAUAUUUGCUGGUUAAAAUGCAAAUUAACAUUAAGUUGUUCACUUAGAUAUUAAUGAUAAAGGAGAAAUUCUAAAAGUCAAAACAGGAUAAUAAAAAUGUCAUUUAAUUAUCAUUGCUGGAGAACCUAUUAAUGAACCUUUUGUGUAACAUAGACCUUUUGUGAUGAAUACAAAAGAAGAAAUUCAAUAGGCAUUUUAAGAUUAUUAUGACUAAAAAAAUGGAUUUGAAGGGAGCUCAUUCCUAGAAAUCAAAAAUCUAAAAUCUCAGAAAAAAGUGAUAAUGAUUGAACAUAUAUAUUAUUCGUAUCAAAAAUUAAUCAUACAUUCAUUUAUUAUUAAGAUAUCAAUCAAUUUCUUAAUUAUAAUUAUUGUUAUAUUUAAUAAUGAAACUUAUUUCAUUAUUAUUUAUUCCUAUUUUUUCUAAUUUGUUAAGUUUUUAUAGCAUCAUACUAUAUUUUUAAAACUUCAUUGA